UCAAGCAUUUCAGCCUUAUUUCAUCUAUUCAAGUUGUCUGAGUAGGCAGGCUUAUUAAACAGUCAUGUCAAAUAAUCCAGGUGAUAACAAGCCUCCUCCCUCAAGCCGAGGAAGAGGCUUAGCGUUACUGCUAGCCGUUAAGCAGCAUCAACAGUUGUCUGAUCAAGCAUCUCAGCAUCCUAGGACCCCUGAUCAUGACUCAGAACCUCGAGUAGCAGUGCCUCAAGCCAGUGAGCUACCAGCAACUGAGCCAGAUAGAGAGGCAGAUCCUUUUGGUCCUGCAACCUCGCAACCACCUCAGUUACCACAUCAACCACCUCAGUUACCCAGCACUGGGCCGAGGGGACAACUUCCACAUGUUAGAAGUUCUACUCCUCCUUCCAUUGGGACUCGUGGAGCUCGUUUGAUUGGUCCAAGACCUGGUAGCCCUGCAUUUCCAAGAAGCCUUGCUGGUUCUGCCACUAAUGUUUUUCAGCCUAGCGCAAGGGCCUUGCCUGUCACCUCCUCCAUGGGGUCGGGGCUCAGUGGCAGCUCCAGUGGCCGAGCCAGCAGCCUUGCCACCUUGAGCCUGUCUAUGCCCUCCAGAUUCAACGCGACCUGUAACUGGCUGCGGUUGCACCUUGACCCGAAGAAAGCGGUCUACGAGUACGCCGUCUUCUUUGAACCUGCAAUAGACGCUCGCAACCUGCGCUUCAAGAUACUGUCCAACCUCAAGGAUAAGAUCGGCAACACCAAGAGCUUUGAUGGAGCUAAGCUCUGGCUGCCUGAAAGGCUUAAAAAUGAUCGUACGGAGCUGUCCACGGUGCAGCCCGUGACGGGCGAAGAGGUGCGGGUUCGUCUGGACCUGAAGCAGCGCACGUCGCUGGCGGACUGCGUGCAGCUCUACAACGUCCUCUUCAUGCGCGUCCUGCGCCAGCUUCAGAUGACCAGGGUCGGCUUCAGCUACUACCUGCCUGGUGCCAAGUUCCUGGUACCACAGCACAAGCUGGAGAUCUGGCCAGGGUACGUGACGGCCGCGCACAGCAUGGAGGGCGGCGUGAUGCUGUGCGUGGACACAAGUCAUAAGGUCCUGCGCACCACCACUGCGCAUGAAGUCAUGGCGACGGUGAUGCGGUCGAGCUCUGGGACGUUCGAGAUGGCAGCGAAGGCAGCGCUGCUGGGCAGCGUUGUUCUCACGCGCUACAACAACAAGACCUACAAAGUGGACGACGUCAUCUUUACAGAGACGCCCAAGUCCACCUUCACCAACUCUAAGGGCGUCACGAUGACGUACAUUGAGUACUACAAGCAGCAGUACAACAUCGACAUCAAGGAUCAUAACCAGCCCCUCUUGAUCAACAAGGUCGCGAAGAAAGAAAUCAAAGAGAUGCACGACUUGAAGCUGCUGUGCCUGAUCCCCGAGCUGUGCUACAUGACGGGCCUGACAGAAGAGAUGCGCAGGGACUUCAAAGUAAUGAAGGACGUGGCGCAGCACACGAGACUGCCGCCUCUUGCGCGCCAAGACGCGCUUCUCAAACUAGUCCACAACAUCAACAGUGAGUUGAACAACAGCAACAAAGGGGGGCGCUGGGUGGUGAUAUUCACAAAACGAGACUCGCGAUGCGCUACGCAGUUCGUGGCUACGAUGAACAUCGUGUGUCGCCCUCUUGGUAUACGCCUGGGCGCUCCUGAGAUGGUCGAGCUGCAACAGGACCGCGUCGAGGCCUACGUCACUGCAUUGCGGGAGUCCCACUCUAAAAAGCUGCUGCUGGCGGUGAUCAUCAUGCCAUCGCAGCGCGAGGACCGCUACAACGCCGUCAAGAGGGUUGCCUGCUCAGAGCUCGGUCUGCCCACGCAGUGCAUCGUCGCACGCACAAUCUCCAACGACGCCAAGCUUAGAUCUGUUACACUUAAGAUCGCCUUACAGAUCAACUGCAAGCUUGGUGGGGAGCUGUGGGCACUCAAGAUACCCAUGCAGGGACUCAUGGUGUGCGGCAUCGACGUGUACCACGACCCGACAAGACGAGGCAGCUCAGUGGCAAGCUUCGUCUCCUCCACCAACGUCACCCUCACCAAGUGGUUCAGUCGCGCCUCCUUCCAGAACCCCGGCGACGAGAUCGUCAACGGCCUCAGAACUUCGUUCUUAGCCGCGCUCAAGAAUUACCACGAGGUGUGGCAGCUCUCCCUGGUCCAGGAAGUCGAGCUCCCGCAACUGGCGUCGGUCUUCAGGAACUUCGACGGACUUAUUUCCUGCUGCACUUUGAAGCCAGGUAUAAUAGACCACACUAUUACCAAACGCAACUGGUACGACUUUCUGCUGGUAUCGCAGCACGUGCGACAAGGGACCGUAUCCCCCACGCACUACGUGGUCGUGCAUGACGGGGUGGGGCUCAAAGUGGACAACCUGCAGCGUCUUACCUACAAGCUCACGUAUCUCUACUACAACUGGCCGGGCACCAUCCGCGUGCCUGCUCCGUGCCAGUACGCCCACAAAUUGUCAUACCUCGUUGGCCAGAACAUAAGGAAGCCCACGCACGACGCGCUCCAGGACAAACUCUUCUAUCUCUGAACUGCUCUGCGACUCUGGUGCUCUGCAACUCUGCACUGCUCUGCAACUCUGAACUGUUUUGCAGCUCUGGUGCUUUGCGACUCUGAACUGCUCUGCAACUGUGGUGCUCUGC